AUGUCUAAACAACGCAAAUCUAAGCAGCCCAUUAAAAAAAGAGUUACCUUUUCAGAUGACACAACGGUCACUCGUCAAUCUCAUGGGCAUAAGAAGGAUAGUAUCGAUCAUGAGCAUCCACCAGUAUUUGUCCGAAAGACUUGGUUGACAAUACCAUAUCAUCUAAUUGCACUGUUGUAUUACUACAUCUACGGGAGCGAAUUCGAUUCUACCACUUUACUAUUCUGUUUGCUUCCAACUCAGGUAGCAUACCUCAUAGUUCAAUUCAAUAAAUGCACAAUUUAUGGAAAUAAAAGGUUAAAAAUUAACUAUUCUUUGCUGCUAGUAUCUAUAUUUGCAUCACUAUUACUAAGUGUACCAGCUGCAAUAAUUGCAGUGUUAUUUGGUGCUCCUGUUGUGAAUAAGCUAUUUGAGACUUGGUUACUAGGUUUGCAUGCAUCCUUCUUAUCAUACCCAGUAAUCUAUUCCGUAUUCAAUUGCGAUUUCAAGGUAGGAUUAUGGAAAAAAUAUUUUAUAACUAUCAUAGUAGGUGGUUGGAUCAGUUGCGUGGUUAUCCCCCUGGACUGGGAUAGAAAUUGGCAAACCUGGCCUAUUCCAGUUGUCGUUGGCAUCUAUCUCGGUGCCUUCGUUGGUUACACAAUUGGUUCAUAUAUAUAG